GGCUCCAUCACAUACGUCUAAGUCAUUGGAUGUAUUGUAUUACACUUUCAUCAGAACAUCUGCUGAAGUCAACAAACGGGACGACAGACCGAGAACAGUCUGACCGGACAUCUUAACGGAGGAGAUGUUGCAGUCCAACCCCUCCCAUCGCUGUGCGCGGAAAGGCGCACACGCUCGUGCUCUUUACGCAUCGUUUUGGCCGUACGUUUCCUAUAAAAUUCACUUUCAUCGGGGGACACCUACAGCUCAGCCUCGAAUCUUUUCCUGUCUUUCGAGUGAUGCACAAGGAUACCUUAAUGAGAUCAUUACCCUGGGUAGAGAAGCCUAGCUUGCGCGAUUGCGGAUUCGCUGCUUGAAGGGCAGACGAAACCGCAAGGAUUACAUUCAUUCAUUUAUAUUGGAGUGUACUGCAGGACUGAUAAAUACACGAAGUCAGUGUGGGUGGUAGGGUACAUUCUGAGCAGGGACCGGCAAGUGUAAACAGAUACGGAUGAGGUAAACAUUGUCAGACCUCAUUUUCCGUUACCUCCUUCAUUUCCUUUAUCUGCCGCAGAGACUAGCAAAACGUGCGGACUUGGUUUUUCACAAGGAAAACCUGAUAAGAGAAAUAACAGGCUAAGUACAGAGAGUUAUGGGUUGUUGUUUUUUGCAAUUAACUGCAGCAUAAGGAGACCCACGCUUUUAAGGAUGUAGGACAUCAUCGCAUGCAGGGAAGUUUGUGUUUUAACUGCGCAGCCAGAGUUUCCACCGAUCUGCUGGACUGAUGUGAUUCUUUCCUCCUCGUCUGCGGCCAGGCUGCAGGCAUCUUCGUCGGAGGUGUUCCCUCGUUGCCUUGGCGAUUUAAGUUUAAUCGCAUCUUCGACAACGUGAUGCAACCUACCACAACAGUUGCUAUUUGUUGAAAGAUUCCAGAUUUCAACGUUAUACCAAACAUCCCAUAGGCCAACUGGUGUGGUAUUUUGGUUGAAUUGUUGAGAAGUGCUGUCCCUUUCAAGAAAUUGCCACAUGCAGCCACGGGAAAGGUGAAGUCAGGAGUGAUGCCUCUGGAGGCAUCUCUGGUUCAAUUCUGGAGUUUUUUUUUUUUUGGCUCUGACCUUUUGUGGUAGUCGACAUAUCUGAAUGACUUUCAGACUAAAGCGAUACUAUGAGCAAUUCAUACAAGGGCGUUACCGUUAGUGAUGCCAAGUUAGCAUGAGUCUUGGGAAAGGACGCAGUGUAUACUAACAACAAAGCAUGGGAGCAAAACAGACAAAGGGGGCUGAGGCUGGCCCGAGCCCUCACCACGGCUGGAAACGGACACCGACGAAGGAGCGGAGCGGAGAUUUAUUCGCCUCGUUCAUGUUGAGGUCAGGGGACAGACUCAGCCGAAGCGGGACCCCUCCUCCUUACCAGCGACGCAUUGGGAUGAUUCAGGAGAUGAUGAUGAUGGCAAAACAGGGAAAACAAGACGAGGCAACAGAGAUGCUGAAAACACUCCGACAGGAUUUAGGAAUGGAGUCCACGUCUCUGGAUGAUGUCCUCUACCGAUACGCCAGCUUCCGCAACCUUGUGGAUCCCAUCACCCAUGACCUGAUCAUCAGCUUGGCCAAAUAUAUCCACUGCCCAAAAACGGAGGGCGACUCUCUGGGCGCCAUGGAGAAGGUGUGCCGACAGCUGACCUACCACCUGAGCCCGCACACGCACUGGAGGCGGCAGGGCCUGCUGAAGAGGAAACCUCAGUCAUGCUUGAAGUCAGUUUUGUCUGUCCCUCCAGCCAGUGGGGCCUUAGAUCUGUCAGGCAUUCCCCUGGGUGUGCGUGACAUGGAGCGCCUGUGCACUCACCUCCAGCGCCACGCCUCGCGCACCUGCAGCCUGGAGCUAGGCUUCACCGACCUCACGGACGAGGCCUUCCUGCUGCUGCUGCCCACGCUGGCCGCCCUGCCCCGCCUCGAGACGCUGGCCCUCAACGGCAACCGGCUGACGCGUGCCGUGCUCAAGGAGCUCACCGACACCCUCAAGGACCCGGACAGCUUCCCUAGCGUCACGUGGAUCGACCUGGGCAACAACGUGGACAUCUUCUCCCUGCCGCAGCCCUUCCUGGUGAGCCUGCGGAAGCGCUGCCCCAAGCAGGGCAACCUUCCCACCAUUCUGGAGUUUGGAGAGAGCCAGGCCAGCGAGCCCGAGUGCAGAUUAGAGGAGGAGGACGAGGGAGACGACACCAACAGGACAGAGAGCACGGGAGAGCUGCGGUCCGAAGUAGAGGGAGAGUUGGAAGGGGAGAUGGACGGAGAGCUGGAAAUUGAGGAAAUGAUGGAGGAACUGUUGGACUUUGACAGAGAGGUGCAGGGCAAGGAAGACGAGGAUGACAGCAUGUGGACCAUGGAGGAGCAAAGAGUCGGGAGAAAACCCAUGCAGGGGAAGCAGAGCAAAGGGAAGAAGGGAAAAGAGGCAGUGAAAGCGGAGGGAGAGGAUGACACCCACAGUCAGUCCUCACAGUUGUCUUGCUCCAGUCCGUCCCACAAUUCCUCUGGGGCCUUUGAACUUCCCAAAGAGGACAGUGGGAAUAGGGCAGCUCCUCACUCAGACAGUCUGACCUGAAAGGCCACACAGUGUAAUUUAUCUGUGCCAUUCCCUUAAAUGGGUGCUUCGUUUAGGGCAACAGAACAUGUGCAAACCCUGUCGUCUCCAGUUCUGGGUAGCUUUGGUUGUGAGGUUUGCUGAACCAAAAGGAUUGUGGGUGGUUAUGGAUGGUUCACUCUGAGGAGAUGACAAUCAACAAAUGACAGCAAAGUAUAUGACUUAAUUAGCCCUAUCAUAUAAUGUGUAAUAUAGUACUGCAGUCUGAACCACUCAUUAAAUAGAAAGAUUAUAUUUUACAGUAAACUGGUAUGUAUUUAAAAUGUCAUUCAGGUGUCUCUCCCCUUUAUCCUGUCCAGUUGCGGACAUCUGCCUAUGUGCCUGUGACAUUGCUACCUUGCUGGUAAAUGGAUUGUGUAUGUGUGGAGUUGGAAAGUAAGACAGAGACAGCGAGCAAGAGAGACAUGUCUUCCUUCCUCUAAUUCUCUGUCUUCAAAUCUAUGCACCCAGCUGUUAGAAAUAACCAGCACUCCCCAGCCACAGUGUUCCUGCCCAGUAUUUCCUAAUCAAUAAAUACGUCCCAAAGCUUUAGGCUUUAGAGCAGGCGGAUGUGCUGAGAGCAACUUUAAUUAAGUGUUACCUUUAGAAGAGGGAACAAACCAAAAACCACAUUGAAAAGGACCAGACAAGCGAGAUAGGAAGUCCAUCUUUGACAGUGUUUAGGGUCUGUACAAAAGCAAGCUGUCACUGUGAGAGAAAACAGUGCCUGAGGAAAGGGAAUGAACCAAAGAGAGUCCUCUCCCUAGCUGUCCAGAGAGGCCUCAGACUGUGGAGGGAAGUUUCAGCUUGAAAACAUGUUGUUAAUGAGGACAAAUUUGAUAUCACUGAAGCCAUCCUAGCCACGCUCGUCCCUUUAUUAACACUAUACAUAACCUCUCACAAAUAUUUCUUUACUUUAUUUCUAGUCGAAUUCACAUAUACUAAAAUGUAACUUAUAUAAUUAAAUAGCUUUCAUAAGUGUACAGUUAUGAAGUAAGUGUGAGCAAACUGUUGUUCAAUGACUUUUAGAGGCUGAGUGGGAUAAGAAACUGCUUCAAACACAUGUAUCUGUCUUUUGCUAAUUAGAUGCUGCUAUCUCUGUUUGCUUAGAGGCUGUACAACCAUCCAAAUAUUAUUGUGAAUAAUUAUAUCCCUCACAAGUUAGCCAAUUGCAGUAUUUUGGUCAAUAUUUCCCUUUUUCUUAGACCAAUGAGAGCCUUUUAUCCGUACAAUUGAACAAACAGAUACCCAGAGUGCACUUUAAUGAAAUAUGUUUCUCAUUCUCAGGUCCUCUCACCAUAAAAGGAGCGCUUUCAUCUCAGAGAAAGACGUUCUUUAGUGUCAUUGUGUGUUUGUCAGAGCUCAAGUCAUUAGUUUAAAUAAUGUCCAGUGAAUCUAUAUGAUGCAGAUUUAGUGUAGCAGAGUGACCACUCACUGAUAAUAAUGAUCUAUUCCAGACAUGUUUGCACCAUGUGUAUAUAGCCUAGUAGGUCUUUGUGGACCUGUCUGCAUAAUAGUUUGAGUUGAUAACAAGGUAGGCGUAUAAACAAACACUACAAAUGUGAUGUGAAGUAACAUGAAUCUGAUGCAAAUCUUUAAAACUGAUCAUUUUCAUUUAACAUUAUUAAUUGACAAAAUAAAAAGAUUAUCAUUUUUUGUGACACUGAUGGUCUGAAUAAAUCUCAGAUUCAUGCCAAUUGUUUCUUGUCCCCGUCCUACUGUUUUAGUCACUUUAUUCCUUGAAUCACAAUUUUAAUGUAAUGUCAAAACAUUUUACACGCAUUGUAUUGCUCCAAACCAUGGCUAAACAAUGUGUGUGCUAUCCUCUUAAAUAAAUUGACAACCUCAUGAUCUUAAAGGGGGAGACAAGGUAUAUCUCUUAUCUGUUCUCUCAAAGGUACAUUCGAUCAAUAUGUUGGGGAAACAGAGUGUGAUGUUUUUGUUUUGUAUUAAACAAACGUACUCUCCUCUUGGGAUAUCAGUGGCCCAUAAACAAAUCAGUGGACAUAACAAUGAUGUUUUUCAAUUUUACGUGCAAGCCAGCCCAUGUCUGGGUGGAUUUUAAUACUAUGAUUAUUUAGUAGCCUAUGUUGUGCUUGUUUUGUAAACUGUGCCAAUCAGAUGCCAUGCUUUCUUCUCUCUUCUUCCUCUGCACUGGACAAAUGAGCAUGAUUCAUAGGAGGGCUGUUUAAGAAGCCUAUUGUCCACAAAGAACAAAUAUGUAUCAUUAUGUGUACUGUAUGGCUUCUUGACAAAGAAAUAGAAUGAAUGUCAUGUAUAAUAAAUAAAAAUAGAAUCCAUAUCUGG